AUCCUUAGUUACCAUUUGAUGGUUUUGAUGUUGCAGAAAGUUGGGAAUAUGGAUGGAGGCAACCAAAGUGAAGUCUCAGGGUUCCUGCUCCUGGGGAUCACAGACGAUCCUGAGCAGCAGCGGGUCCAGUUCUGGAUGUUCCUGGUCAUGUACUUGGUCACAGUGGUGGGAAACGCACUCAUCGUCCUGGCCAUUGGCUCUGACUCUCACCUGCACACUCCCAUGUAUUUCUUCCUGGCCAACCUCUCCUUCACUGAUCUCUGCUUCGUCACCAAUACAAUCCCCAAGAUGCUGGUGAAUUUUCAGUCUGAGGACAAGGCCAUCUCCUACGCAAGUUGUUUAACACAACUCUUUUUCCUGAUCUUUUUGUUAACUCUGGACAAUCUCCUUUUGGCUGCUAUGGCAUAUGACCGCUAUGUGGCUAUCUGCCGCCCCUUGCAUUAUGCCACGGCCAUGAGCCCUAUGCUAUGCAUUUCGCUCCUUGCCUUGUGUUGGGUACUCUCAAUCACAUAUAGUCUCACCCACACACUGCUUGUGACCAGAGUGAAAUUCUGCGGGGUCCAGAAAAUACGCUACAUCUUCUGUGAACUGUACGCCCUCCUCAGGCUCGCAUGUUCCAACACUGAAGUCAACCACAUCAUGCUGAUCAUUACAGGAUCCAUUCUCUUCCUUACUCCUUUGACUUUAAUGAUCAUGUCCUAUCUCUGGAUUGUCAGAGCCAUCCUCCGAAUACCCUCAGCCAGUGGGAAGUACAAAGCUUUCUCCACCUGUGCCUCCCAUUUGGCUGUGGUCUCUCUCUUCUAUGGGACACUUUGUAUGGUAUAUUUACAGCCUCUCAAAACAUACUCCAUGAAGGACUCAGUGGCCAUAGUGUUGUAUGCUGUAGUGACCCCUAUGAUGAAUCCAUUCAUCUAUAGCCUAAGGAACAAGGACAUGCAUAAGGCACUGGGAAGACUUCUGCUAGGAAAAGCCUUCCAGAAGUUGACAUGA